AUGGCGAAAUCUCCAGAAGACUUGAAUACUACGCUCAAUAACCUAAAUAUUGCUUUUCAACAGGCAGAUUUUAAGACGAAUAAGACUAAAAUAUAUAACGUCCAUGUCCCACCUAUACCGGUUCAGACUAAGACUACUGCACUCGAAGUUGUCGACGUGUAUUACUUGGUGACAACCGGUGUUUCACUUUGUAUGAUGGAGCAUAGUUUAGUCAUGUCAUUUACUGGUAUACUACUACCACAAUUACGUAAAGACACAUACAUGAAUGUCAAUGAGAGAAUGGAGUCUUGGAUUGCAUCUAUUGGAGGUAUAUCAUUAUUUUUGGGUGCUUUAACGACGACAUUCAUAAUGAGCAGAUUUGGUCGUAGAAAGGUUAAUCUCUUAUGUACCAUCAUUAUGGUAGUAGGCUGGCUGUCCAUCAUAUUAGCCCCCGACAUUAAUACAAUCUUAUUUGGAAGAUUUACUCAAGGUAUAGCACUUGGUAUUUCAAGUUUAUCUGCAUCAAUACUUAUUGGCGAAUACUGCUCUCCGAAAUACCGAGGGGGUUUCCUGACAAAAGUUAGUUUAACGAUUUCAAUUGGAAGUUUAAUAAGCCAUACAUUAGGAUCCUUUCUCUCUUGGCGUUCAACAGCUGCCAUAUGCCUGGGAAUAACAUUUAUUGAUUUAAUUUUAAUCUACAUAUCUCCUGAAUCUCCUAUGUUUUUGGCCACAAGAGGUAAGUACAAUGAGUGCAAGAAAGUUUUUCAUUGGCUCCGAGGUUUAAAAGAGAAUGAAGAAUUAGAAGCCAUGAUGAAUGCUGAAAUAUCACGCAAAGAAACAGCAAAACCUCCAAAAACAAAACAAUUUGCAAACAAAAUCAGUGAUAUGAUUGUAACUAUGAAAGAUCCUCAGUUUUUCAAGCCGUUGUUUGUAAUGUUACAUUUGGAUAUUGUGAAUAUUUGGAGUGGAGGCAUGAUGAUGGAUGUAUAUGCUAAUAGGAUAUAUCAAAAACUUAUGGGAAAUGAUACUGACGUAGCUUCUACUAUUAUCACCGUGGACUGCGUUAAAAUAGUGGCGUCUCUGUGUGCAGUUUUUAUUCAUACCAAAUUUAAAAGACGUUCCAUGCUUAUUCUAUUAGUUAGUUUAAAUGUAAUUACUUAUUUUCUUAUUGCUGGUAGUUGUUUCCUUAUGGACAAAGGGGUGAUAUUCUUUAAAAACCCUCUAAUAGGAUUUCUGUUUGUUAACUUUCAUGCAAUCAUUUCAGCCGUUGGAGCAGUGCCACUGGCAAAUAUUUUAGCUGGUGAAAUUUUACCAUUACGGUAUAAAGCAAUAGAAAGUAUGAUAUCUAUAUUAUUUUUAUCAGUUAAUGUUACUAUAAAAAUGAAGACGUUACCGUAUCUGUUUUCGUAUAUCGGCCUAUCUGGUGCAUAUUGCUUUUACGGUUUAAUAUUGGCUUAUGGAAUGAUAGUUGCAACUGUUAUAAUGCCAGAAACAAAAGGAAAAUCUCUACAAGAAAUAAGAAUUGAACCUCAUAUUUCGUAA